AGUUGAGUUAGGGACUUAAUGAUGAAGAAACAUUAUUAAUGGACCUAACUGUCAAUUUUUCAAACUUCAAAGGGGUUAAACUCUUAUUGGAUAAGGCCGGCUGACUCAUCCCUUUUAUUUUUUUCUUCUUCCUUCCUUCUUUCUUCCAGCCAUUUUUCGCGUCUGCUCUGUUUUCUUCUCCCUGCUGCUACCGAACAUCACCAGCAUUUCCAGCGUCCCCAUCUGCAAAAAAAUUGGUAAGAGAACUUGAUGAUUUUUGUUCUCCUCUUGCCCAAGAACAAAAGUCUGCGUGAAGCUCCCCUGCAAUUCUCCCGCCGGCUCUUCCCUUUACCGCUAGCUCCAGCUUUGCUUGUUGAGCAUUCCUGCACUUGGAUUAAGCCUUUUGUCUGCGUGAUUAAGGUAGUGAGACCCGACGCGUGGGAAGCCCGGGGGAGUGACGAGCUAGACGGCUAGGCACUUUUGGACUUAGGUUUUUGUAGCUAAGCCGUUAGUCACCCAUGCUUGACAUAGAAAAUUUUGUGUACAGAAUUUAGUGUUAGUCAUGAUUGUAUAUAUGAAGUGAAAAAUUUUGUACAUCCGACUGGUAACUAUUUGGUAGAUUAAAAUGCUUAAAUCUGA